AUGACGACCUUCUGGGGCAUUUUCACCUAUGCUGCGAUCCCAUCGGGAUUCGUUGUCAUGCUCCUGCUGCUCAGCGACAUCGCCUUCCUUAUGCAGGUGGCCUCAAAGGUCAUGCGUGCACCCUCGCCAGUGACGCUGGGCAAUCUUCGGCUAAACGUCGCCGUGCUGAUGACAGCUUUCUGUGGUAUCCUCACAGUGAUCACUUACGCAAGUGUGCAGCGCGCGCAGGCCAAGACGCAGAAGAUCGGUGCCUUGGAGCGAGAGACCUCGAACCUGUUCUACGUGGAGCGGAACUACUGGCUCUCGAUCCUGGCCCUGACGAUUUGGGUCACUUCCUGGAGACUCGAGGUUCUGUACCGUGAGCGUCCGCACCGUCCGGCCUUUGCGCUGAACUUGAGGCCCAGCAAGGCCUUGUGGAUCGGGGUUGGCGUCGCCGCGCUACUGGUCGCGGAUUUGCCGCUGUGCCGGCUGAACUACCAGUUCCAGAUCUACUCGUAUGUCACGCCGGGCAAGGACAGUCUGCAGGCCUCGCCGCUUGCAGCUGAGUGCAACGGUGUCUACGCGAGCGAAGGGGGCAGGUGCAGCGAGUUUUGUCAACAAGUGCGGUUACUCUCCGAAGAACGCCUCGCAUCGGUGCAUUUCGCCCGCAAGUGGCACGUUCUCGGCCGGUGGUCUGCAGAGGUCUUCGACAUGGCGCGGGAUGUACAGCAGGAUUCCAGCCAUGUGAGCCAACUCUUUCAAAAGAAGCCCUGCGUGGACGUCCUGAAGAGCGUUGACAAGAGCAACGACAUGGUCAAUGCUUUCUGCCUCGUCCUUGCAGGGGUAGCAGUGCUGGUCGCGUUUGCGGCAUUUUCGCAAGUUCUGGGCGAUGCAGUCGAGACGAACCUUCAUUCUGAUUGA